CUAAUAUGUCAUUUCCAGUAUUUAGGGUUUUUCAGGUCUUCUUCAAAAUCUGGCGAGCAAUGCAUAUGGCCGAAUACUCUUUCUCACGCAGACAGGUUCAACAUUGAGAAAUUUAUAAAAUAAAAUGGGAGUGUUUACAUUCGUCUGCAGAUCCUCCGGCAGCGAGUGGACAGCGAAGCAGCUUAAAGGCGACCUAGAAGCUUCCGCCGGAUCUACAUACGAGCUUCAGCGCAAGCUUGUUCGGACUGCUCUAGCAGAAGACAGCUCCGGCGGCGUCCAGUCAUCUUUCUCCCACGUCUGCCCUAACUCCGCCGUUUUCCAGGUGGUUAUUGGUGGAGCUGUUGUGGCAGCAGGUUUUGGAGGUGGAGCAUCUGCAGCCCCUGCUGGUGGUGCAGCCCCGGCUGAAGCAGCUCCUGCAGAAGCAAAGAAAGAAGAGAAAGAAGAGGAGAGUGAUGAUGACAUGGGGUUCACACUCUUCGAUUAGGCAAUUGCGAUUGUUCUAAUCUGUUAUUUUAUCUAUACGGUUUUUGAGAAAAACUGCUUUGGCAUGAGUAGUUCACUAGAUUUGAGACACAUGUGCUAUGGAUUACUAUUAUGAUUUGAAGUGUUUUCUUGGGAUUCUUUUUUAUGAUUGGGGAUUUUGAAUGCUUUGUUUUGGUUGUCAUUGCAUUGGUGUGGUGUAAAGCAAUGCAUCCAGGCUCUUUUGUUAAUCUUCAUUUUCCUGUUGAUAAAAAAAUCAACAGCUGCUUGCAAAGGCAUCCGGCCCUGCCAAGGCACUCUGCCAUAUGAUGGAAGAUCCUAAUUGGGGUGUUUUAAGGGCAAGUGAUGUGGCUAUUCUACAAACAAGUUUUUGUACCUCUAGCUAGG